CUUCCCCAUCUCCAUUGUGACGCCUUGAGGGAUACUUUCAAGUUUCUUGAUGUCAAUGUGUUUAUUUGGUACUUGUUUCUCGGCUUGGUAUCUCUACUUCACUGCUAGGAUUGGUAAAGUCAAUUGCCAUGUCGCGGAAGCUGUGGCAUCCGUACCACUCUUGUACCUCUUCGCAGCUAAGAGCCUGAUGAAAUUCCGACUCAUUCGAGCCCGUUUGGUGCCAGCUGACUUCGAAUAUUCCCUGUUCGUCGGUGUUGAUAUAAGCUCUGAUCAACCUCCGGCUCGGUGCAUUCAGCUCACCACCAUCAACUCGGAGAACGAAUCGGAGGAUAAGUCCAAAAGUCAAUCAUAUCCCUCGUACCGACAAACUCCUACUGAGCCGCUACAACUGUGGUUAUCGGCUUACUUGCCAAAACACAUACAGUGAUGUCGAAUGUUCAACAUCGAUGCCUUCGUCAUGACCAUGGCUGUGCCAUGCUAAGUACAUGAGGCUGGGAUCGGAGUUUCUGACUCUGUGUCUGUGUCUGCUCAGAAUUGCGUUCUCAUUGUAAGCUCUUUGCAGUGGCGAGUCUUCAUUCUCUAUUGUCCUGAUUGCA